AUCAGUUGAAACUUGAAAGCCCCCGAGCGAACCUACUCAUCGUCGGUGGCUCUUCGAACAAACACGAAGCACGUGAAAAUCAUGGCUUCGUUUGCACGAUUUCUGCUGCGAGGCGCAGCGCAGACCCUGCCGAAGCUGACAGCACGAACGGGACCAAGCAUCAUGCAGACGUACGGCUACAAAAGGUCACUGCCUCCCAUGCUGAUGGAAAUGAAAAGACGCCGCAAAAAGGCCGGACCGGAGCCGCUACGCCACCGCUCGGUCUGGGUCGAGUGGAACUACGACUGCGAGAUCUACGCGUUUGCCAAGCGUCUCGGCGAAACCUGGUCCGACGAAACGCUGCGCACCGCCUUCGUCCAGCAGUCUUUCGUCGAACGCGAAGCCGAACACCGUCGCGAGCUGGGAAUGCCGCUGGGCGACGCCGGAACGCUAAGCCUAACUCCCAACACCGACCUCGCCCGCGCGGGCCGCCAGCUCUGCGACUCUUACGCCGACGAAUACUUGGUUAGAGAGUUUCCGCAACUCCCACGCGAAGGAGUGAACGCCGUGAAGGAGCACCUAAUGUCCGACCAAGUGUUGUCGCACGUUUCGAAAAACAUCGGGACCUCGGAUUUGAUCCUCUGCGCCGACUUCCCGCCGGAGCAGACGACUCUUGCCAACGUCCUGAUGGCUUUGGUCGGCGGACUGGCCCGCGACUGUGGGAAGGACCGGGCCUGUUUGUUUGUGCGGGACUUCGUACUGGCGCAGUUGGUCGGCAAAGACGUGAACGAACUGUGGGUCGUGGACAAGCCGAUUGAGAGGCUCGCUUCUCUACUUCAAGGGCAGGGGAUGAGUCCUGCUGAACCUAGACUACUGUGGGACUCGGGCCGAACCACGCUGGAAGCGAGCUAUUGCGUCGGGUUCUAUUCUGACAAGAAGCUCCUUGGUUCGAGCGUCGGCGAGACUGUGGAGAUUGCUCAAGAGAUGGCGGCACGCGACGCCCUUAGAAGGUGGUACGGGCUGGAGUUGAACAGGGCUCCCUUGUCCUUUGGCAGGCAGGGUGGGGAGCUUGCUGGGGAAGUGAAGAGACUUGCUAUGGAGACGUCAACGCCGUGAAGCGCCCCCUCUCGCGUGUAUUAUAGUGUAACAUAGCCCAUUGUGGAACGUUCUAUAAAAACAAGGUUGCUACAAA